UGAAGUACUUUAAGAUGUUCAAAAUUAAACGAACUUUAGAUAGGUUGUUUCUGAUGUGUAGCCAAGUGAUUGUAUACUUACGAGUGUUUCAAAUUUUAUAAUUAUAAACAUAUAGUAGUGCACACAAAUUAUGGAACAGUGGGAACAGGUUAUUGUGGAAUGGAUUAACUGCUUAGAUGUACUACAAGAACCUCUAAAAAAUACGAGAGAACUACAAGAUGGAAUAUUUUAUAUCAGUUUAUUGAAUUUGAUAUCAUGGACAAAGCAUAAACAUAGUAACAAUCAAGAAGAUAUUAUUACAAAGUUUAUGGAAGAUGAAUAUCCCAGUUUCAAGAUUAACAAAGAUGAUAACACAGAUCAUAUAUAUAUUGCAUCCUUAUUAUUGAUGCAUGCAUCUCAAGCAACUAUGUUUCAUGUUCCAAUGUGCAACAAGCUGAAACAUGAAACACAAAUAAGAAUUAAGAUCUUUCUUGAGAAUAUCUUGCCUCUUGGAAGUGAUGUCACUAGAGAUACAAUGAAGGAAGUUAUUGUGGAAUUGGUUGAAGAUGCAUCGAGAAGUCCAAGUAGCCGCCAUACACCACCCCUUAAAGAUUUUGUUAAGUCUCCUAUUAUGCGCUCAGCACAUAGUAGUUAUAAGAUAAUGACAGAACGAACUCGAGAACUAAGAGAGUUGAGGUCUAAUUUAGAUAUAGAACGAUUUAAAAAUGCAGAAUUACAGGAUGAAGUAAAAAUAUAUCAGGAAAAAAUACAGAAUUUAAAAGUAAAAUUUGAAAUGAAAGCAGCACAACUAAAGGCAUUACGAGAAGAACAAAUGACACCAAGCACUCCUCAAUCUUCCCAUAAAAAGGAGUAUACAUCAUUACAUGAGGAUUAUUACAAGAAGUACAUCAGUGACUUGGAAAUUCAGUUGACUAAGCAACAGGAUGAAAUGGAUAAUUUGGAAACUGAGAAAGAUAAUCUAUCAAAAAUACUAGCUUCUGAGCAAAGACAAUCUAUACAAUAUAAAGAGAACCUUAUAAACUGUGAACGAUUGUUGGAAACUUUAUCACGGAAAAUGGAAAUGAAGGACAGAGAACUGAUAGAACUCAGAAUGUAUAAUGAAGAAUUACGCGUUCGUCUCAAAGAACUCAGUAAAAAUUCUAUUAUAGAACAAAGUUUUGAAGUCGAGGACUCUGUAGUAUUGUCACUACCUGCCAGAAUGUCAUUGAACAAUAGUGAAGCCCUGAGUUCUGUGAUUGAAAUCCAACUUCAAGAAGCUAAAGAAGAAUCUGCUAUACUCCAAGCUCAAGUUGAUUCUUUAAAAGAAAAGCUAGAUAUAUUUACAAAGAAUUAUAAGGAUGCAAUAGAAUUAAAUGAAGAUUUGCAGCAAAAAGUAAAAAUAUUGGAUAAAGUCAAAACUGAGUUAAAUGAUGCACAAAAAGAAUUACAUGUGUCAAACAUUAGUGUAAAAAAUUUCCAAGUGGAGAAAUCAUCUCUCGUCGCGCACAAUGAAGAAUUGGGAAAUUUACUUUUAUCUAGGGAAAAAGAACUUUCUGAAACAAUACAAUUAAAUUCUGUGCUAAACACAAAAUUGGACAACUUAAAAAUAGACAUGGAAAACUUGAAUAAAUUGCUUGAGAAUGAAAAGACUAAUUCUUCAGAUUUAAGUAACGUUCUUGAACAAAUCAAAUCACAAGAAACUGAACAUCUUAUACAUAUUCACACGCUAACUGACGAAAGAGAUUCAUACAAAUCUUCCAUUGACGCUUGCAGGGAAAAUGUAAAAGCUAUUUUACAUUAUGGCAAUCAAUUUAUUGAAGUUAUAACUGAUGAUAUAAAUAAUAUGACAUUAAACAAACUUUUGAGUUGCUUAAAUGUUAUGCUAUCAAAUUAUAAUUCAGUAUGUACUUCAUAUAAAUGUGAUAUUAAGAAAUUAAAAGAAACAAUAGAUGAAAUAAAUGUAAACUUGCAUAACCAACAAUUAACUAUUACGACUUUAAAAGAGCAAAAUCAUCAGGCUCUCAUGGAAUUGACUAAUGUUGAAAAAAAUGAAAAGCAAAAGGAUUUAUUGUUAAAUGAACAAAAGGAAACUAUCAAUAAUUAUUUGCAGGAGAUUAAAGUUCUAAAGGAGGUCGCGAACGAGAAAUGUGUUCUAGAAGAGGAUGUACGUAAAUUAACAAAAGAUUUAACUAAUCAACAAUUACUAUUGAAAUCUGCUAGGACAUAUUUUGGAAAACUUCAAGAUAUAAGGGAAUAUUUCAAAUUAAUGAAACAAGAAACUCAACAAAGGUUUAUUGAGUAUGAAGAAAAUAUAAAAAUGACAUUUGGAAAGAUACAUAAAAACUAUCAAACAUUACAUUACGAAUUGUGUAAAAUGGAACAAGAAAAAGAGGAGUUGAAGAGUGAUUUAAACUAUACUAAGAAGGAAUUAUCUGACAUUCAAAUAACAAAUGUUAUGUUACAACAAGACCUAUUACAAUAUCAAGAUAAAAUAAAGGCUUUGGAAGAAAUAGAAAAUUUUCUGUGUAAAGAUUUAAAUGAAUCUAAACAGAAUCUGCAGGAACUACAAGAAACAAAUCGCACAUUAGAGGAGCAAUAUGCAGUUCUAAAAAUUGAAACAAAUCAUAACUUGGAAAGUCUAAAGUUAGAAAAUACUAAAAUAUCACUGGAAUCAAAAGAUGCUGUUGACAAAUUUAAUAUAUUACAACAAGAGAUGAACAAUACAAUGAUACAAAUAGAAUUAAAAAAUACACAAAUUAAUGAGUUACUUUCGGAUGUUUCUUCUUUGAAGGCUGAAAAAGAUCAUUUGAUUAGUUUGCAUGAAGAAAUGUUUGCAACAAAAAAUGAAGAAAUGGAAUUAAAAGAGAAGACAUUGCUGAUGCUGCAAAAUAAAAUGGAAAAGUUAAUGAACGAAGCAAGCGAGUCGGAGAAGAAGCUGAAAGAGAUAAUUAUUAAUCUUCAAGAAGUAAGGUCUAGCCAGGAUGCUGUAUUGGCAACUCAAGAAACAGCUCUGAAAGAAAAAUAUAUGCACAUAAAAGAUCUUCAAGAACAAUAUGAUAAAUCGAAAGAAGUAUUAAAAGAAGAACUUGAAAAUGAAAAGUUGUUGUAUCGCGAAUUGCAAGUCAAAUGUUUAGAAUUAGAAAAUCAGAUUCACGACCGAGACAAGACUAUAGAAGAACUGCAACAGAAAUUAGAAAUAACAAACGCAGAGCUUGAAGUGAGCAAAGAUCAUUAUAAACUUAUGGAUGCAAGUCAAGCAAACAUUGUAAAGCUGUGUCAAGAAUUGGAACAUCCAACUAAAAACUUGAACUCUACAAUUAUGGAGAUAUGCUCAGAUUUCGAUAUUCUCGACCAGAACUUAUAUAAUUCGUCACAAUAUCAGUGCACCUACAAAGACAACAGAACUGAAAAUAUUCUGAAUAUUAUUAAGAUGACUCUUCAUGAAUUGCACUUAUCCCAAAAAGUAAUCUCGCAUUUAUCCCACACGAAUGCCCAUUUAAACAAAACACUGGAAGAGCAAAAGAUGCUAAUAGAAAACGGUAAAAAGGACGAAGAAGAAAUCUGCAGUCUGACAAAUAGAAUACAAGAAUUAGAAAUAAUAGCACAAAAACGAAACGAGUAUCUCAACAAUAUCAUACUAAGUAAGGAAUCGCUAAAGAACUUUAUACAAAAAGUUUCAACCUCGCGCAACGACUUAAGUACUGUUUUAUCAUCGUCGUUGCAAAAGUGGGAUGAAAUACUGUCAAAGUUUCAGAAUAUCUUAAACAGUGAAAAUCCUACUUGCGAUCAGUUCAAACAGUUACUAGCUAAAAAAACAAAUAUUGAAAAUGCACUAUCCAAGUAUCGUAUAGAGCAUUUAGAAAACAUUAAAUGCAUAUUUGAUAUUUUAUGGGACAAGUUUCUUUGGACGGAAAAGAAAUUACAUGACACCUACUUAUGUUCAGUGCAUGAAAAAGAGUGUCUGGAUAUAUUAAAGAAUGUAGAAGAAAAUCAAUUUUCCAAUGAAAUAGUCAUAAUAGAUGCAGAACUGGAGAAAAAUAAAGCAUUUCGUAACAAUAUAUUAAAGUCCAAGGAAGAAAUAGAAUCUUUCACUGCUUUGGCUACUUCCUACGAGAGUAGGUUGAAAUCUGGAGAAAUCAAGACUCAGUCGGAUAUAGAUAAAAAACUGCAAAGUCAAAUCAAUCAACUAAUUAAGGAAAAGAAAGACAUGAAAAAUAAAACAGAUUCUAUGCGUUCGAGAAAUGUGAAAUUGGAAAAAAAUAUGGAUGAUCUUAGAAUGGAACUAAAGAAAUUAAAGUCGGAGACGGCGGAAUUAACGGUUAACUUGAGAGAUGUACAAUCUCUAAAGGACGAACUAGAACGUGUGAAAAAACAAAAUCAGCAAAUAGAAAAAGAAAAAGAUGAGUCAAAUAAAACCGCGAAGCAAGAAUUCGAAAGUCAAUUGAAAGAAGUCCAUGUUGCGUAUGAACAGAAGCUGGAAGAUAUGAAGCAAAAAAUGAAAAAAGUUUACAAUGAGCAAGUAGCAAGAUUAAACAGCGAUCAAGAAAAAAUUGUACGAGAAAAGUUGCAAAAUCAAAUGGAGUCGAUGUGCCAGAAACAAAGAGAAGAAAUUAAUAAAUACAAAACGCAUGUCGGAGAUCUGAGCUCGCAACUUUGGAGCGUGGGAGAGAAACUUUUAAUCGAGCAACAACAGAAGCAAGAAGCAUUACAACGAUUAAAAGAAAUGCAAGUCAAGCUCAAGGAAGUUGAAACAGACCAACAUAUGUCCACAAUUUCACGCAGAACUGCCAAACUGGAAAAGCAAGAGGUGGUGCCUGAAACACAGCAAACAACGCACAAAGUAACAGUGAUAACAGAAGAAACGUUCGAAAGGAGGCACAGCGUAAGAAACUUACAAGCAAUGGGCAACGCAUUUAAAGCGGAAGAUGAAGAAGAGAUCUUUGACAACGUUUACCUAGCCGACAUGAAAAGAGGACAUUGUUUACCCAGUACAGACAUCAAUCGGUUGUCCGUUUUACAAAUGAGGAAUGCCCAGUGUAAACCACAUCUAAAAUCAUCGUAUCCAGCGGAAAUGCAAUUCCUUCCUUCAAACUUAACGGAGGAAGAUAUCAAAUCAGGUUCUAUAAUGGAAGAGAAUUUCAACGAUAGUCUCAGUCAAAGCCUUCUCCCAGAGCAAAAGACAAAGAAAAAAGAUAGAUCUCAAACGUCCUACAAAAAACCUGGUCCUCCAACACCAAGCAAAAAUGGAGGAAGAUUGUCAUUGCAGGGUAAUGAAUUAAGGAGCCCGAGUUCACGGAUCUUGAGAGAACGCAACGCAGAUAGGAGGACAACAACCACUCCUCACACAUUGAAACAUUUGUUUACACUAAAACGGCAAGAUGAAAACUCAUCCAGCACACCGAAAGGUCGCAGACUCAGUAGUAUUUUCCGCAAAUCUCGUAUGCAAUAGAAAUUGAUCGUGAUGAACACGUCAGACGUUGUACAAAAUGUUAAUUUAUUGUUGUAAUAUUUACAACAAUAAAUUAACAUAUACAAAAGUUAGGAGUUCUGUGAAAAUUACUAUUGAGUAUUGUCUUAUCUGUGAGCGGUAUUGCCAUAGAGAUUAUGUGUGUAUUUAUAAUAAUUUGACUUUUCAUGUGGUCAUUCUCAUAUUUAAUCAUGAUACAAUGACAAAUUAUAUCCUUUUUACGAUAUAAGGUUCUGCAAUAAUAUAUAAUAAUUGUAUAUAAUGUUUAAUGCGUAAAUAAUUAACUUUAUAUAAUUUUAUACGAAACGCAGAGCAUAAAAACGUAAAAAUUAUAAUUCGUAAAUUGAAUGUGUGUG